UGGCAAGUUGCCUCCUUUGCUCCAUGUACAUUUGGUCUUUGUACCAGAGACAACAUUCUGAAUAAUCCUCCAAAGUAUCUUCUAUAUAGCCCACUACCCAUCAAAUUCGUGGUUAGGUACCUUUGAAUACGGCCAGUCCGGUGUUGGCUGCCUUCCCCUCCUCCACGCAACAGUCAGGCUGAACACUCCUCUGCUACAAUGAGUAUCCUCCGCUCAGCGUUGGACAAGGUCCGCGACCGCUAUGCACCGAUCAAACAUACCUCGACCUUUCGAAAUACCGGUCAAAUCACACCCGAAGAGUUUCUGCUCGCCGGAGACUAUCUGGUCUACAAGUUCCCCUCGUGGUCAUGGGCCGACGCCUCCAGCCCAGCCCGCCGAGUCAACUACUUGCCUGCUGGCAAGCAGUUUCUGAUCACCCGUGGCGUCCCCUGCCAUAGAAGACUGGACGACAACUUUGCCGGAAGUAAUGGGGCGGCCGAUGACCUUGUCCGCGACGGCUUCCUCGGUGGCCCCGAUGACGAGGCGGGUGGUGACGACGAAGGGUGGCUGAGAACCGGUGGCACGACCGAGAAAGAACAAGAAGGGCUGAGAGGAGAAGUGCGAACCAUGAGCGAAAGUGGCCAACUGGGAAAAAAGGCCAGCGAAGAGGAAGACGACGACGAUGAGAUUCCAGACAUGGAGGAUGAAGAUGAUGACAACGAGGCCAUCAUUCGUGACAAGACCGAUGGUGCAUCAGCUCCCCUACGAACCUACACCCUCUACAUCACAUAUACUCCCUACUACCGCACUCCACGAAUGUACCUGUCCGGGUACCUGUCGCCGUCCGAACCUCUCCCGCCACACCUGAUGAUGGAAGACAUCGUGGGAGACUACAAGGACAAGACGGUCACGUUGGAAGAUUUCCCAUUCUUCGACACCAGCGUGAAAAUGGCAUCGGUGCACCCUUGCAAACAUGCGAGCGUCAUGAAGAUCCUGCUGGAUCGUGCCGAUGCGGCCUUGAAACUCCGGUUGGAGAAACAGCCAUCCGGCGGCGGCGGCGGGCCUGCAGGUCCCGUGUCCGGGAUGGAAGGGUUGAUCGACGACACUUCGAGGUUGAACCUCGCCAAUAAGCAAAAGGAGGAGAAACGGGGUCACGACGCCGGAGUGAAAGCUGCCACCGGUGGCGCGGGUGACGAGUGGGAGGUCCUCGACGAGCAAGAUGCGGAUAAGGAGGAAGAGAGCGAGAAAGUCGCCAUCAGAGUCGAUCAGUACCUGGUCGUGUUUUUGAAGUUCAUGGCAAGUGUCACGCCCGGUAUUGAGCACGAUUUCACCAUGGGCGUCUAAAACGAAAACAACUCGAGAGUAAUGGUACUGAAAUAGAACCAGAGAUGUAUUAUCUUGGUCCCCGUUGUGCGCCACUGCGUCAAGCAUGAAGAUAAAUUGGUUUAAUGGGGGCAUGAGAUAUGAAAUAGCGCGCAGAUAGCGAAAUGUUCAUUCUGUCAUGGGCCGGAAAGAAGUUUGGUAUGGGGUUACGGAGCAAUAAAGGGUUGAUUACCUUGGGUAGCUUUGAAUGGGACUUUUGUCAGCCUACACCUAGGUACGAGUACACAAGGACUUUGGUAUAGUCAGGCGAAAGGAGCCAGAUUGGGCUCCUUACCUUCUGCUGAGGGAGGCUCUGGGCGUUACUCAGCCACCUCCACCACGGGCUUGGAAUCUCAGCUUGAACUAACGGCUGAUGUGCAAACACUCCCUCCAGCCAUUAACUGUGCCUGAACUUUAAUCAGUUCACAACGCAGCACGACUCUGACAGAAAGCUACCUUCCGCCUAAGUUUCGCAAAACAGACCUCGAGUCGAGUAAGUCGCACUUAACUUCGCCUCGACCGAGAAUCACAGACGUUGAAGUCCAGGUUAUGCGACGGCC